AUGAUCAUCUCCUACAUGUACGCCUGGUCUUACCAUGUGCGGCUCCCUGCGGCUCUCCCACAUUACCAUAGUCCACAGACGGCUGACUCAGCAGAACACGAGCACGUGGGGCGCGAGAAGGUCGACAGAAAGAGCACGAGACAAGUUCCAGGCGGAAACAUGGCUUUGCAACUGCGUCUCUUGAAUCUAGUCCCGCUGCCGUCCCUUCAGUCCCUACAGUCCCUUCAGUCCCUACAGUCCCUUCAGUCCCUACAGUCCCUUCAGUCCCUUCAGUCCCUACAGUCCCUUCAGUCCCUACAGUCCCUUCAGUCCCUACAGUCCCUCCUCAGUCCCUUCAGUCCCUACAGUCCGUUCAGUCCCUACAGUCCGUUCAGUCCCUACAGUCCCUUCAGUCCCUUCAGUCCCUUCAGUCCCUACAGUCCCUACAGUCCCUUCAGUCCCUACAGUCCCUUCAGUCCCUUCAGUCCCUACAGUCCCUUCAGUCCCUACAGUCCCUUCAGUCCCUACAGUCCCUUCAGUCCCUUCAGUCCCUUCAGUCCCUACAGUCCCUUCAGUCCCUACAGUCCCUUCAGUCCCUACAGUCCCUUCAGUCCCUACAGUCCCUUCAGUCCCUUCAGUCCCUACAGUCCCUUCAGUCCCUACAGUCCCUUCAGUCCCUACAGUCCCUUCAGUCCCUUCAGUCCCUACAGUCCGUUCAGUCCCUACAGUCCCUUCAGUCCCUACAGUCCCUUCAGUCCCUUCAGUCCCUUCAGUCCCUACAGUCCCUUCAGUCCCUACAGUCCCUUCAGUCUCUACAGUCCCUUCAGUCCCUUCAGUCCCUUCAGUCCCUACAGUCCCUUCAGUCCCUACAGUCCCUUCAGUCCCUUCAGUCCCUACAGUCCCUUCAGUCCCUUCAGUCCCUACAGUCCCUUCAGUCCCUACAGUCCCUUCAGUCCCUACAGUCCCUUCAGUCCCUACAGCUGA